CAGAAACGUUUAAACCGCAAAAAAAUAAAUUUAUUAAUUUUCUACAUGAUUUAAGCAAGAUAGUUUAAUUAAAGACACAAAAAUGGAAGGUUCAACAUCAAAGAAGAAGCAAAAUGGCAAAGUAAAAAUCAAGAAUGAUUUUAAGUACGGAAACUAUCGGAACUACUAUUUUAAACGAUUAGGAGCAGGCAAUGAUCAGCCAGAUCUAAGAAUUGAGCUUAUGAAACAAUAUCCAGAAUGCUUUAAAGACAAACAAGUGCUUGAUAUUGGCUGUAAUUCAGGAUUGAUCACAAUAAACAUUACAAAAUCCUUACUUCCAAAAACAGUCUUAGGAAUCGACAUUGAUGGAAAUCUAAUAGAUGCAGCUAGAAAGAAUUUACUGAGACAAAAGACUGACUUUUCAUUAGCAGAAAAUGAGAUUUUAUGCCUGAACAAAGUUAUUUUUAGAAAAGCUAAUUACAUUCUAACAGAUAGAUCAUUAGUUGAACUCGAGAAACCUCAGUAUGAUGUGAUUUUAUGCUUGUCAGUUACAAAAUGGAUUCAUUUAAAUUACGGUGACGACGGCAUCAAGUUCUUAUUCAAGAGGAUAUUUAAACAAUUGAGACACAAUGGCAUUUUAAUCUUAGAAUCUCAGCCAUUCAAUGGAUAUAAAAAGAGGAGCAAGUUAAGUUUAGAAAUAUUGCAGAAUUACAAAAGUAUUGUAUUAAAGCCUGAACAAUUUGAGGCUUAUCUAUUGAGUGACGAAAUAGGAUUUGCAGAAAGCUGGUGCAUGACAGAUAGUGAAAUACUAAAGAAUAGUAAUUUAGCUAAAGGAUUUCAUCGUCCACUGCAAGUUUUUGUAAAAAGUUAAUAAAGUAUUUUAUUCUUAAUAUGAAAAGCUCUAUGCUGUAUAAAAUAUCCACAACAUGUGCUAGUUGGUGAUAAGAAUUUCACUCUCACAAAAAAAGCUUUCCAUUCAGAUAAUAAUUCUCACUGGAAAUCAUCAAUUGUCUCUCAGAGAGGAACUGUGGAUACAUGAUACAGAAAAUAUAUUUGGAAUGAUUAUUUGAAAUGCAAAUGAAUUAUAAUGAAGAUAAACAAUGAACCAAUUAUCAGAAAAAUAUUUUGCUCCCAUUCC